AGUUCUCCAUGUGCACAUUGGUGAGAGAUUCUGUGGGGUACCUACCUGUGAAUGAAAUCGCUAGAAAGGGCCAAGUGAGGAGACCACCGGCGUAGCAAAUUCAGAGCAGCUCUGUAUAUAUGCAAGGAACUCCUUCGCAUGGCUUCCACAGAAGUGACUGUCACCGUCCGCCUCAUUCGUUCCUUUGAGCAUCGAAAUUUCAGACCUGUGGUAUAUCAUGGAGUGAAUUUGGACCAAACUGUAAAGGAAUUUAUAGUAUUUCUGAAGCAAGAUAUUCCUUUAAGGACCAGCCUGCCACCACCAUUCAGAAAUUAUAAAUAUGAUAAAUUAAAGAUUAUUCAUCAAGCACAUAAAUCAAAGACAAAUGAACUUGUGUUGAGUUUGGAAGAUGACGACAGGCUCCUGUUGAGAGAAGACCACACUCUGAAAGCAGCAGGAAUCGCCAAUGAAACUGAAAUUGCAUUCUUCUGUGAAGAAGAUUAUACGAAAUACAAAGCUAAUCCCAUUUCAUCCUGGUGAAAACCUCGGGGGCUUCCUUGUUUGCAUACCUAUAUUAAGCUUUUU